GAAGUUUCCAGAUGGCUACUGCUCCAACUUGUCUAGAUGCGUAGACAUGAACAAACUUACCACGACGACGAGCAUGAAAACUCACGAUGCUCAUGUAAUAAUGCAAAGACUUCUACCAAUUGCACUAAAAGAGAUGCUCCCUGAACACGUAUGGUCCUGCAUUACUGAAAUCAGUUUGUUGUUUCAAUCGAUAUGUUCCAGCGUUUUGGAUGCGGCAUCCCUCCGGAGACUACAAGAGUCUGUUCCCAUUCUGAUGUGUAAUCUGGAAAAAAUAAUGCCACCAUCGUUUUUCGAUACAAUGGAACAUCUCAUAAUACAUCUUCCGUAUGAGGCUUUGACUGCUGGGCCGGUCUUCUAUCGGUGGAUGUACAGAUUUGAAAGAUUUCUAGGAGAGCUGAAAAAGAAAGUGACCAACAAGGCACACGUUGAGGCUUCAAUUUGUCAAGCGUAUCUUCAACAAGAAAUCUCAACGUUCUCGUCUUUUUACUUCGAGCGUGACGUCAUCACCAGAAGGAAGAGACCUGCCCGGAACGAUGACAUUGGCGAGGAUUUAUAUGAAAAUGUAGUUUCCAUCUUCAAUUACCCAGGCAGAGGUAAAGGUGCUGCGACACAACGAUACAUCCUGGGUGGGGAAUUGCAAAUUGCGCAUACUUAUAUCCUCAUGAAUUGUCCAGAAAUCUCACCGUUUUAUCAUGAAUUCCGAGCUUCUUUAUCAGCCUUUCCUGAGAAUGAAAUAGAUGCGUUGGUGGACUCUGAUUUUGUAAAUUGGUACAAGUAUCAGAUCAAUAGUCGUGGGAUUGUCGACCCUUUGUUAGUAUCAUUAGCGUGGGGCCCAGGUGCCAGUGCCAAAGUGUGGCGGCAAUAUGUGAUAAACGGUUACACAUAUCACACAGCCGAUUACGGAGAGGGCCGACCAACAACGAACAGCGGGUUAUGUGUCCCGACCAUCGGUUAUGAUAACUCGGAAACCAGUUUUUUUGGUGUCCUGCAGGAGAUUCUGGAACUUGAGAUGCCUUCUUGUGCGAAAAAAUUGACAUGCGUUCUGUUCCGUUGCACAUGGGUCGACCCCACACGUGGCGUGCGCAAAAAUCCGAAGUAUAAUAUGAUUGACGUCAACCUCUCUCGUGUGUACCCAAAAAAUGAGCCUUUCAUACUCGCCC